AUGGUACAAGCAGGACUCCUCAACACUAUCGCCCUGUUCGCGGAAAACGCUACGGAUCAAGGGCAGAAGAUGCUUGAUUCCACGAUCGAACUAGCUUUACGACUCGGCAUGCACCAGCGGAGCUUUGCUUCAACGCAUGCUGGUGAUCUGACUGUGCUGGAAGAAAGCAUGCGGAGAACCUGGUACGAAUUGUACGUGAUCGACGGCUGCAUCGCGGCAUUGCAGCGAAAAUCGACGUUCAAAACCAACACAGUAAACGCUGAUGUUCUUUUACCAUGCGAAGACUUUACUUACGAAGCCGGAAUGUGCUUUAUGCCAGCAACUAUGGCCGAAUUUCACGGCAACGUCUUUGCCGAAGAGGAAAAGGUGUUUUCUUCCUUCUGCUACCGCAUAGAAGCCGUACGUCUUCUCGGACGAGUUCUGACUAUCACUGGAAAGCAUGGGGUGGAUCGAGAUUUGGUGCAGGCCGUUGACAAUGCGCUUGCUGCAUUCUUAUACCACUUACCACGCUCCAAAAGCGAAGCGGAGAUCUCAAACACCUUCGGUGAUCUGGACGAACUCAUGUUCCAAGCGCACACUAUCAUCCAAUGGAGCACUAUUCUCGUGCAUUACCCCAGAGGCGAUCUGAUAUCUUCUGACCUGUUAACACAAGACGUACUUGGAGCCAACUGUACCAAGCUCCUUUGUCCCUGCAAUCGACAACAUAUCCACUCCGUCAAAGCCAUCGAAGCCUCCAAGACCCUAGCUAUGUUAGCGGCGCUGCGUACUCCCACUCAAAAGCACACACCAUUGUUUGUGUAUCCACUGGCUCUCGCUGCUGUCGUUCAGCUUUCCAUCGGCGCGAUGCACGACAAAAGCCCUCGGCGUUGCUUGGACCAGCACGCUGACCGAGUGAAGCUGUUACUCGGGGUACUCAAGUCUAUGAGCCGCCAAUGGUCGGCUGCUGGAAUUGUGUUACGCACCCUGAAAAGGGUAGCAUCCGCAGUAUUCCGUAGUUCCUCCGUCGAUUCACCGUCCAGCAUAGUGGCUCCUCCAGCCACAUCAAUUGAUAACGAUGCUUUCCCCGACUUCGAUCUCCAGGAUUUGUACGGACUUGUAGGCCUUGAUAACAAUUCGUUAGGCAUAUGA